CGUCGCUGUCUUUAGGGAGGAGUGUACUUUAAAAACGCUGCUCAAACAAAGUCUUAGUGCACAGGAUUCCUUAACCUCAAUUAAGAACACUGUCAAAAGCAACCUCAUAGCCAGCAACAUGGUUGAGUGGACAGACUUUGAGCGCACCACAAUCCAAAGCAUCUUCUCAAAGAUGAACUACGAUGACGUCGGCCCCGCGGCUCUUUCCAGGUGUCUGGUCGUGUACCCCUGGACCCAGAGUUAUUUUGGUAACUUCGGAAACCUGUACAACGCCGCUGCCAUCCAGGGAAACCCAAUGGUCGCCGCGCACGGACUGGACCGGGCUGUCAAGAACAUGGAUGACAUCAAGGCCACCUACGCAGAGCUGAGCUGAGCGAAACUGCACGUGGAUCCCGACAACUUCCGGCUGCUGGCUGACUGCCUUACUAUUGUCGUUGCUGAGAGAAUGGGUGCUGCUUUCACCGCUGACGUCCAGGGUGCUUUCCAGAAGUUCCUGGCGGUCGUGGUGAGCUCCCUGGGCAAACUGUACCACUAGAACCCCUCCACUCAGACGGCCGACCAUCAGAGGACCAACAAGCACUGAUUAUUUGUUUAGAGGCAGAUGUUGUUCCUUCUACUAAAGCAAA